AUGGCAAACUUACUCCUCGGUCACGGCCUCCUGCUGGACCUGCACGAAGACUGGGCAGCCGCUAGCUUCCACGACCACGUUUUGGACAGUCCUACGUCCGAUCAGACCAGCACGGGUGGUGCCUACCCUGAGGUGGCACCGCCAGCCUCGUGUUUCGCCCCGCGGCCGCCAGCAGAGCUGCCGUCACGGAGCACUGGGCGUCGUGCACAAGGAGAGCGGGCAACCUGCCAAACGCCACGGCAGAAGGGUGGCUCCACAAGUCUGCCGCCCGUGCCGUUGACAGCUCGAGAGAGACAUUGGCAGAGCUCCGACCCCGGUGCAAGCGGCAGCAGCGUGUCUUCGGCACGCCGCUCUUUGCCAGAACGCGAUGGCCGGAGCAGCAGCCAGCAUGCCCGCACUGUGACAGGUGCUCCGUCGAAGGAGCCGGGCAGCAAGUCCGAGCCAAGCUGCAAGCUGGCACAGACCGUGAAGCCGCCAAGCCGGGAAACGGCGUCGCCGGUCUUCGCCGGCUACGCCUCGGCCCCCUCUCCCCAAAGCCGCGGGAGCCGCGAGGGCGAGGGCGAGGGUGGUGUCGCCUGGGAGAUGCCCAUCUGUCCAAGCCCCGCCAUACUGGACGUGCUGAGUGACGCAUUGGGCCAGGAGGAUGCGCGGCGGAACAGCUUUCACGACAUCAUAACGGAGAUGGAGCGCGAGAAGGAGUUGUGGAAUGAGAAGAUGGUGGCGCUGCUGUCUUCCAGCCCCAACCCGCCGGUCACGGCGACGGUCCCCGACCCGGACCCAUCGCAGCUGCCGAGCGACAGGGCCUCGGCCACCGAAGCUGAGGUGCCCUCGGAGCUUGACGUGGCACCCCCGCCUCUGACGGUGGAGCCGCUGAAGGAGCUGGAGAAGCCAUAUAAGUCCUUUAAGUCGAGCGUGGCUUCCUCCCAUUUGCCAGUGCUAGUCACCAGCACCCUUGAGAACGAUGCCCGCCUGAAACAGAACUAA